CAUAUCUAACCACAAUACACCAAUCCCAACCACACAUAACCGAGAGAGAGAGAGAAAAAUUUGGCCAUACAUAAUUCACAAGAAUUGGAAAUCGAAUCCACAGCACAAGGAUCCAGACGCAGAGGGAUACGUGGGUGGCUGCUGUUGGUGUCUAGCAAAAUGGAGACUGAAAGUGAGCAAGAUUUUAAUAUAUAUGCUGUAGAGGAAGCAUGUGGGAAGCGUCAUACCCUCCUUCAAGCUCCACAUGCUCUGCCAGGCAGUUUGUCCUCAAAUAAAACCAUACAGACUCAUGAUGUGUUCAACAUACUUAUGGCAGACGUAUCUGGUUCCAUGUCAUCAUAUUGGGGAGAAGUGGUCACCGGGUGGCAAAAUCAUAUUAAGGAUAAGCUGACUGGUCUCACCAAAAUCUAUGUAUUUGGAAGUAAUGUUCAGAUGCGUCGAGUUGGCACAGAUCUUUACAAAGAAGAUUUUGUAGGGUCUGGAACAGAUCUGACCACUGCUUUGAGAACUGUUCGACUUGAAGUGGAAGACUGUUCUAAAAAAAUUAUACGUGUGUUCAUCAUCACAGAUGGUCAACAUGGACAUGGUGAACCACUUCCAGACUCUGAAAUCAGUCUCAUGAAGGCUCCAACAGGGAAAACCGUCAGUGUUUUUCUUCUAGGUAUUAGUGCAUAUUUUCCUGUGGAAUAUAGUAUCAGCAUACGUUCAUAUUUACAUAAUGGAAAUGCUAAUAUGCCAUCCCUUUUUUGGGCUAAGGAUGGAUCUGAGAUUGUAGAGGAAAUAGAAAAUAUUGGCAAUGAACUGAAUGCUGGCCUAGUAACUAUGACCCUAAAUCAUCAGGGUUAUAUCCUCCCAGGCUCAAGCAAGACAGCCAAGAUUCAUCUUGGGGAAUGGCUGUUUUAUGAUGAGCCUCCAGAAGAUCUCCCUCCACUUACUGUAAGAGUGGACGAAGAAGAACAGCCACUACAUUUUACACGCAAAGAUAUGAGUGUACGUCAACUCUUGGACAGCACCUUCCGCCAGUGGAAUUCUGUGCUGAUUCAGCUCCAUAGAAAGAAAGAACAUGUGCCUCUUGAAACCUUUGAUCUUAUGGAUUCUCUUUUUAAUAAAUACUUUGAAGACCUUAAAGGAAGUUUGGUUGAUGGCAAUAGUAUUCAAGCUCGAAUUUUGAACAAGAGAAUAAAGGGCAGCAAGACAGAAUAUGCAACUUUAAUGAAUCAAAGUAAGACAAUUAUUGGCAUUGAGGGAAAGUAUCAAACGGAGAUAGAACUAGCAGAAAGUAUCUUGAAGACCACUGUUACUUCAAGAAAAUAUGAUACAAGGAAUCUGAAGUUGAAAGGUCAUGGACAAGAUGAUUAUGUGGCUGAUGUCAAGGCUUUCAGAAAGCUUUAUGAAAGCUUGAAGGACCAGAUUCAGGCAUUACCUCCUGAUGAAUGUUGCACAAUCUUCUUGACCUCUACUUUGCAGGAUUUGAAGGACCCACAUUUUACUAUGGUGCUUGAAGAAAAUAAGUUUGAGUUGUUGAAAACUUUUGCUAUAACAGGUAUACCUGUUUAUGCUCCCAUCCGUGAUGCUUCACAGAUCAAUCCAUGGACAAUGGUUAUAAAGCACAUACUUGUUUCUCCUUACACAAUUCUUAGCCAGCAAACUCUGGAGGCUUCUGCUGAUAUCAAUCAGGAUGUUAAUAGCUCCGAAGAUAAAGAUAUUUUACUGAAUCAAGAAGAUGAAAAGUCUCGAUUCAAUAUCAUUGUGCCUAUUGUGCCAGCACAUGCUGCUGAAGUUUUGAAACCCCUAGUGCAGUCCAAUUUAUAUGCCAUGAUGGCUACAUUCUGCAUUCUUAAAAAUCCUCACAUAAUAGACUAUGAUGCUCAUCUAGCAGCCCUCGGUUGUGCAUGGAUGAGGACUGUUCGGGAGUUUCCAAUCUCGAGUCGACCAGAGUUUGCCAGCCACCGACUGCAAAACAUUGCCUCCACAGCAAAUAUAUAUAUGAGCCGUCCUGGGGUGAAUCGCUAUGUCAAUGCCCUUUUGAAUAAUCCCAAUCAAGCCCUUAUGACAGAGAGCAAAGAUGAGUUUGAUGGCCGCACUCUUAAAUGUGAAUCUCUUAUCAAGCCUUUAUUCUUUCUGGGUCUGAAUAAAGACAAAAUCUCUCUGAGUCAAGCGGAGAACCUUUUGAGGCUGCUGCUAGAGGAAUUCAUUGGACGUUGUCUUAGCAACUAUAAACUUGACGACGCAGAAGCCACACCCUUCACUGAUUUCUUUGCUCCUGAGCUGAAAGACCCAGAGAAGAAGAAGGCAUGGCUGGAGCAGUAUUACCAGGGGGUUGUUGGAGAAUUCGAAUCCUCCCAAGGUGAUCUUCUCAAAACAUUCUUUAGUCUUGAUGACUUGAGAACCAGCAUCAACAAGUUUGUUGUUCAGAAAAUGUCUUCAUUAUCUGAUCAAAUUAUGAAGGAAAUUCAGAUUGGUUUGGCCAUGCAAAAGAUUCAAAACCUAAGGAAUUUUGGGAGUUGUGGCGACAUUAUGUGGCCAUCAUUUAAGUGUUGGGCCGAUGAGAUGGGGAUGACGGAGGAAAACAAAACACCAGCCUUCAGUGAAAAGCAGAUUCAGGUGUAUGUGUGCCAUGCUUUGAUGCACAGAAACUCCCGGGAACGACUCUCGCAAGAUCUGCCAACACAAGAAGAAGCUCUUGAGAUAAUCAGAAAGAAGGUUUCUCAGGAAAAUUCCCGCAAUCUCAGGUCUACGUUGACAAAGGAGACCGAGGAGUUCACUGUUCAGAAGUGGCGGAAAAUAUACAUGGAAGUGCACAGUCCUUUGGUGAUGCCAAUGACGCGGCAGGAAGUUGUGGAGGCUGCUCAAGCCAGGGGAGUUCAAGUUACAUUGGAAAACUUCAGUAGUACAUACAGAUAUGAUGAGAGGCUGCUGCUCGUACGCAAUGCCUGUCAGAUCCCAAGUUGCCCCCACUUCCUGCAGCCCCACAGGAACUUCAACCAGCAUCUGUCCAUUGAGCGAGAGAGGCCCAACUUUCCUCAUGCUCUGCACAUAGCAUCAUAUGAAUAUAAAGAUGCGAAUGUGGACACUGUCGUUGAAAGGUUGGCUGCUGGAAGUCAUGCAGGAACAAGGAAUCGACAAAUGCCACCUCCUCCAGAGCCUACAUCUCUUGCGAGCCUUAAAGAGGAGAUGGCAGAAUUACUGACAAGAUAUAAAAGCAUGUAGUCACAGUAGGGGAGAGCCGGGCAGGUUGGAACAUUUUUCACAAAAGUUCAAUACAGAAACUGCACAGUACUAAGAUAAAAAUAUUUUUGUGAUCCCAGUGAAAAUGUUUCAACUUGCCCUGCCACGGGGCAGGUUGAAACAUAAGACUAAGCGCCUAGCUGCCUUUUUGUUCUUUUUGCCACUUUUGUUUUCUUUGACUUUCUCUUGGCUGCCUCCUCUGCAAUCUCAAUCCUCACAGGAGUGUCUGUGAGGAUUCUUGUUCUCCCUGGCUUUCUUCCAUAUUUUUUUUUCCUAGGUGCAGCUUUGGUGAAAGGACAAAUGCCUUCUGGCGAGAGAAGGUGAUUCUGGAUACAAUAAAGCCUUAAUCUUUUAAAAAAGGUUUAUUAAGAAGUCAUCAGAUUGUCAAUUAUAUUUUCUGUUCUUAGCCAGUGCAUGGAAUAUUCACGUCAUCCAAUAAAAUUCAUGUGAUCUUGUGUCUCAUUUUAAUUAGAUAUGUUUAAUUAAUAAACUGGCAAAAGGGUUCAAUUUUGGCUCUCGCUAUUACAGUAAAAAAUGGACAUUUGCAGCUCGCAAAAAUUUUACUCAAAAAUGCAAAAAUCAAACAAACCUUUCUCAAAAUUGUGUUGCUUCCUUGGAUUUGAAAAAAGGCAAUGUUUCAACCUGCCCCGUGUUCUAACCUGCCCCGCUCUCCCCUACUAAUAUUAAGUGAUUUUUUUAGAAAAAGUAAUCUUUGUUGUAAUUUUGUUUUGUGUAAGUACUGAACCUCUCCUUGAUUAUAUAGACUUUAUAAUUAUUAUGUUACUGACAUAACUAAUAGAAACCUAAGAUAAAAUCAAGGAAAAGCAUGAAAUUGGUAGUGCAUUGUGUAUUUACCAUAUUAUUUUAAAAGAAUAGUAUGAUAUUGUAUAUUUCUAAUCCAUUUUCAAAUUGUCUCUCAGUUUCUGAUAUACUGUAAAACAUGUUUUUGGUUUUGAGAGUUUUGAAGUGUCACAACAGCAAUAUCAUAGUGAUCCAGACAACACAUGAAUAUUAGGAACAUGCACAGAAUUCCUAUCUCAAUCAUUAUUUUUAUAGUUUACUUGAAUCAAAAUGCAUAUUCAGAAGCACAAUAUACAAUAUUCAUCACAUAAAAGUAAAUUUUUUGUUUUUUCAUCAUUCCAUUUUUUAAAGUACCGACUGAUUUUUUAAUAUUAGGUACAAGAACAAAUAGAAUAAACAGAUAAAAAGUUAUAAA